AUGCAAAAUCAAUUUGUUUAGAAAGGAAUUACAGAGAUCUAGAAAUAUGCAAAGGCAAUAUUGGGAAAUAAAAACUAUGUUUAAAAGAAACUAGCCUAAGAUCCUGAGUAUUUCACUAAGUUGGCAAAAGGUUAGAAUCCAAAAUAUCUAUUAAUUGGAUGUUCUGAUUCUAGAGCACCUCCAAAUGAAUUAACAGAAACAGAUCCUGGAGAAAUCUUCAUUCACCGUAACAUAGCUAAUGUGGUUAACAUUACAGACUUGAAUGUAAUUAUUUAUAGGUUAACUUUAGUUAAAUUGUGUAGUAUAAUAUGCUGUAGAACAUUUAAAAGUUCAUAAUAUAAUAAUUAUGGGUCAUACACAUUGUGGAGGUGUUAAAGCUGCUAUGAAUAGAGAUUCUGUAGGUGGUUUAUUAGAUUUAUGGCUUAAUAAUAUCAAGAAUGUCUAUGAAAAAAAUUAACAUCUUGUGAAUCAAUUAGAAAAUGAAGAUGAUAAAGUAGCUUGUUUAUCAUGUUUAAACGUUAGAGAACAAGUACUCAAUAUGUGGAAAAAUCCUAUUGUUUAGAAGUCAUGGCAAGAUGGGCAUCGUAUCUUUUUUUUAUUAAUAUUUUAGCUGUCAUGAUCCAUGGAUGGUUAUUAAGAGUAGAAACAGGAUAUAUAGAAGAAGUUCAAACUGAUGAAAAUAUACCUGAAAAUUUAUCAAAUGUGUUUAGGUUGCAGUUCAAAAGUCCACCAAAACCCGCCUAAACUUAAUAAUCAAAUGGAAAUGAUUAAACAUCAACUGGUUAAAUAUAUCAACAGAUGCAAAACAAAUUAGUAACAGAAUUUAAGAAUUUUUCAGCUUCUUCAUAAGAUUCUAAUCAAGAAACUUAGAAAUAAAUGGUUGAUUAAAUUUCUGGAAUUAUGUAAUAGGAUAUAAAUUAAAAAGAAGAAAAUAAAUGAUCAAUAUUACAUAUUAACAUCAAUA